AGCACACAGAAGAGCAGUUAAGGUCAUUCGAAGAAUGCAGUAUUUUGUUGCCAGAAGAAAAUUUCAGCAAGCUCGAAAGCCAUAUGAUGUUCGAGAUGUUAUUGAGCAGUAUUCUCAGGGACACCUUAACAUGAUGGUACGGAUCAAAGAACUUCAAAGAAGGCUGGAUAAUUCAUUAGGAAAACCUGCACUCUUCUUGCCAGAAAAGGGACUAGACAAAGACUUCUACACUGUAGGAGCCAGACUGAUCAGACUGGAGGAUAAGGUAAGGUUAUAAAAGGCUGUUUUUGUUCUUUAAUGAUGGU